UCCCCCGCCGCCCGCGCCAGCAAGAAGCUCGCCCUGCCGGAGCCCAGCAUCCGCAGCGUCAUGCAGAAGUAUUUGGAGGAGAGGGGAGAGCUGGCCUUUGAAAAGGUCUUCAAUCAGAAGAUCGGAUUCCUGCUGUUCCGAGACUUUUGCCAGAAUGACAUGGACGAAGGGAUUCCUCAGCUGAGGUUUUACGAAGAGAUCAAAGAGUACGAGAAACUGGACUGCGAGGAGGACCGUCUCACCAGGAGCCGCCAAAUCUACGACACCUUCAUUAUGAAGGAGCUGCUGUCCUGCUCCCACCCCUUUUCAAAACAAGCUGUCAGUCACGUGCAGACCCGCCUGGCCAAGAAGCAGGUCCCCAUAACCCUCUUCCAGCCCUACUUAGAAGAAAUCUGUGAGAGCUUGCGAGGAAACAUCUUCCAGCUGUUUCUGGAAAGUGAUAAGUUCACCCGAUAUUGCCAGUGGAAAAAUGUCGAGCUGAACAUUCAUCUGACCAUGAAUGACUUCAGUGUCCAUCGGAUUAUCGGGAGAGGCGGCUUUGGAGAAGUCUACGGCUGCCGUAAAGCCGACACGGGGAAAAUGUACGCCAUGAAGUGUUUGGAUAAGAAGCGCAUCAAGAUGAAGCAGGGGGAGACCUUGGCCUUGAAUGAACGCAUCAUGCUCUCUCUCGUCAGCACCGGGCACUGUCCUUUCAUCGUGUGCAUGACGUAUGCCUUCCACACGCCCGACAAGCUGUGCUUCAUUCUGGACUUGAUGAAUGGGGGAGACCUGCACUACCACCUCUCCCAGCACGGGGUCUUCUCAGAGAAGGAGAUGCGCUUCUAUGCCGCCGAGAUCAUCCUUGGGCUGGAGCACAUGCACAGCCGCUCCGUGGUCUACCGGGACCUGAAGCCAGCAAACAUCCUUCUGGAUGAACAUGGCCACGUGCGGAUCUCCGACCUGGGCCUGGCGUGCGAUUUCUCCAAGAAGAAGCCCCAUGCCAGCGUUGGGACUCACGGCUACAUGGCUCCGGAGGUGCUGCAGAAGGGGACGGCCUACGACAGCACAGCCGACUGGUUCUCCCUGGCCUGCAUGCUCUUCAAGCUUCUCAGAGGGCACAGCCCUUUCAGACAACACAAAACCAAAGACAAGCACGAGAUCGACCGCAUGACGCUCACCGCGAACGUGGAGCUCCCGGAUUCCUUUUCUCCCGAACUCAAGUCUCUCCUGGAGGGGCUUCUCCAGCGGGACAUCACGAAGCGCCUGGGCUGCCAAAGUGGCGGUGCCCAGGAGGUCAAGAGUCACCCUUUCUUUCAAGGAAUUGACUGGCAGCACGUUUACCUGCAAAAGUGCUCCCCGCCCCUGAUCCCCCCCAGGGGAGAAGUCAACGCGGCAGAUGCCUUCGACAUCGGCUCCUUCGACGAAGAGGACACGAAGGGAAUCAAGCUGCUGGAUUGCGACCAAGAGCUCUACAAGAACUUUCCCCUGGUGAUUUCUGAGCGUUGGCAGCAGGAAGUGGCCGAGACGGUGUUUGAGACGGUGAACACCGACACAGACAAGGUGGAGCUGCGGAAGCGAGCGAAGAACAAGCAGCUGGGCCAUGAGGAAGAUUACGCUCUGGGGAAGGACUGCAUCAUGCACGGCUACAUGCUGAAGCUGGGGAACCCCUUCCUGACGCAGUGGCAGCGUCGCUACUUCUACCUCUUCCCCAACCGGCUGGAGUGGCGAGGGGAAGGGGAGUCCCGGCAAAACCUGCUGCCGAUGGAACAGAUCCUGCUGGUGGAGGAGACGCAGGUCAAGGACAAGAGGUGCAUCCUGCUCCGGAUUAAAGGAGGGAAGCAGUUCGUCCUGCAGUGCGAGAGCGACCCCGAGUUCGUGCAGUGGAAGAAGGAGCUGACGGACGCCUUCAUGGAGGCCCAGAAGCUGCUGCGAAGGGCCCCCAAGUUCCUGAACAAGUCCCGUUCUGCGGGGGUGGAGCUCACCAAGCCCCCCCUCAGCCACAGGAACAGCAACGGCCUGUAGCGGCUGGUGGGGAGGAGGCCGGCCGGUGAGCUUUGCUGCCCCAGAGCCGAGUCCUGCCAAGGGCAGCGGUCGGGCAGGGAGAAGCACAAGGGAAGACGCCUGCUAGGCGACGUGGCCUGAGGGAGAGGCUGCUGCCCACCCUGGAGGAGCCCGGCUGCACAGCCCUGGCAUGGGGGGGUGGCUCCCACCCGGUUUGCAUUUCGGCCUGGGCCGGGGAUGGCGCUCUGGACCUUUGGGGCACGGCGGUGCUUCCCUGGCUGCGUCCACCUGGCCGAAGAGACCUCUGGCCCUCACGGGGGCCCUUCACACACGCCGACCAACUGAACUCGACAAGUUUUGUGUGGCUUCCAGUUUUGUGCUGCUUCUUUUCGGCAAAAGUGACUCUGGACUCUCGCUCCGUCUCCCUCACCAACUGCCCUGCCUGUCCUGCCAGCGUCCGCGGUGGGCUCUGCUCCUCCGAGCUCGGCCUGCCCUGGUGCAAGUAGAAGCGGAAGCUGGGGAGAUUCGGGGGUUGUGUUGCCCUUGUGUGUGUCUGCCUGCCUGCCUGCCUGUCUUCCUCUCCUCACACCAGGGUUGCCCGGAAGAGCCGCAGGAUGAAAGCUCCCGUGGCUUUCCUGACGGCGGCUCUUUUAAAAAUCACUUUAGUAAAUGUGGAGCAUGCGAACGCUGGAAUUCGCCUGCAGGCAGCCAGGCAGCCCCCAGGCUCUCCUCCCCCAGGUGCCUCCGUCCCCUCGCAGUUUGGACCCUGUUAAGGCAGGGGCUCAGAGCAACUUGCAUUGGCAGUCUGUGGGGUCUGCGAAGCUGGAGCCCAGGGACCCUUCCUCCCCUUGGGAAGACAGACCUGGACCCUCCCCAUCCGUCAGCAGGGGGCCGUUGGUGGCUGCUCGCUCGGAAAUGUGGCUCUUCUUUGGUGGCAGUUUCAGUGGUCUGAAAGUUUAAGAAAAGUUGUUCUUGCAAGGGCUCCCCAGAGAGAGACCCCCCCCCCACUCUAGAACCGCUACAUGGUUAGAGGGUGAAUUGGCUGGUGUGAUGGCACCAUGCCAGCUCUCGCCCUCUCCCCCUCCUCUUUUGCUUGGGUUUAGUGGAAGGUGGGAGUCCUGACUCCCUCCUUAUACCAGCUGGGAUUGGAAAGGGCUUUCCAGGGGCUCCCUUAGGAGUCCUGAGCUGCAACACCCCAAGUGCGUCCCUGCGCCCGCUGGCCCUGCUGAGUAAGAGAGCCACCCGCCUCCCCGGCUCUCCUGUGUCCUGGAGGGGCUGCAAAGGACCUGGAGGGGGGAUGAUGAAGCAGAGGGCAGAGAGAAACCAACCCUUCUUUUGCCUCUGGGCGUCGCUUCAGGCACCGGGAAGGGCUGGAGAGCCGGGCUGUGUGUAAACAGCUGAAGGCUCUGGGUGAAUUUGUGUUUUUAAACAAAACCGAAAUUGAAAGAGUUUGUUUAAGAACAGGAGGGCUCCUCUGGGGCCAUCAGUGCCCUGUCGGUCCGGCUGGCCAGGAGCUUGGCCGGUUGGGUUGGCAGGUUGGCAGCCUGGCCCAAACCAGGCAGGGUCUCCCUUCCCCUCCCGGCUCAGCUUCAGUGAGAAUCCCCUCCCUCCAUUUCUCCUGCCAGAGGGGAUCUGUCAGGUGGUGCAAAAACUCCCCUUCCUUUCAUAGCUUUUAAAUAACAGUCAGGGGCCUAACAGAGGAAUACUUGGGAAAUUAUUAUAAUAAUAAUACAAAUUGUUAUGAAUUUACUAAUGCUAAUGAGUAAAGAGAGCAUUUCCUUGGGGCAUUUGAUUGGUGGACGAUGGGAAAUAAGUCCUGAAAACGAAGGUCCGCAAAGCCCUCUCUAAAAUUUCCUUCCCCUGGGAAUUCCCGCCACCUUCUCUUCUCCGCUGGUCGUAAGUUUCAGCUCCUUUGUGUCCCGGGCAGAGCGAAACCAGCACGUUGAGGGACUUCCUGCAGAAGCAGCCCUUGAGGGAGGAUCUGGCCGUGGUGGCAGUUGCACCGAUGCAGAGAAGCUUCAGGGCUCCAGGAAUAAGCGCAUCCUCCGUGCAGCAUCUCUUGAGGGCAAAUUGCAAGUUACAGUUUUUUCCCCCUUCGGCAACGCACCGCUAUAAUAGAGAUCUGUUUUAGAGCACCUUAAGCACCUUGAAUUAUGACGUACGCAUCCUCUUUUUCAACUGUGCUGUAGACAGAGAAGAACUUCUAGUUAAAAACCGAUAAAAAUUGUUGGGAUAAUAUACAUUUUUGGAGAUCUUAAGAUUACAUUGCUUAUUUUCAGUAUUACACAAAAGGGGAGAAAUAUAUCUAAAAACACUGAAAAAUGUACGCGUGUCCAAAAGAUCAUAGAAAGUUUUUUGUGCCUGCUGUUAUAUUCCAUGAUGUAAAUAAUAUGUGGUUUAGCACUACUGAAUAUUAGAGCAUCUAAUACUUUGUUAUUUUUUUAAAGCGUUAAACUAAUAAUCAAAGUUUUAUUUUGGUACAGAAGUAUUUUAAAAAAUCCAAGAAUUAUGUUUUAACUAAGAGGCAUUUUUAUGUUAAUUUAUUUUUAAGUCUGGACACCUUGGUUUACUUAAUUCCCUGUACAAUUUUUUCUUUAUCUUCUGUACGUUAUUUAAACAGUAAGGAUCCUUUUCCAGUUGGGUUCAAUAACUUUUUAUUACAGUUUUCAUAAACUUGCUGUUCAAGCUGGAUUUCCUUUGUCCAACCAUUCCCAAUAAAAGAAGUUCAGAGAAAAAAAGAUCUCUCUCUCUCGUUUUCCCCUCUUCUGGCUUCGGGUGUCUUGGGGGUGAUCUCUCUGGCCUUCUCCCAAGUGUGGCCGUGUCCCGGA